ACCGGGAGAGAGAGAGAGAGAGCAAGAGCGAGCGUUAAGUAGCGAAAGUUCUCGCUGCACUUUAAAAGCAGAAUCGGGACUGCAGGCGUGUGCGUAGUGGGAGCGCGGUCGGUGUGUGUUGGUUAGUGUAUUAGCUGUGUAUAAAGCAUGUUCAGCUGGGCGAGUCGGGACGGGCGGAGGAAGGAGCCCGAGCUUUUCAGCACGGUGUCGGACGGGAUGAGGAGGCUCUACCACGCGAAGUUGCUGCCGCUCGAGGACGCGCACCGCUUCCACGACUUUCACUCACCCGCGCUCGAGGACGCAGACUUCGACAACAAGCCCAUGGUGCUGUUGGUGGGCCAGUACUCUACCGGCAAGACCACUUUUAUCCGACACCUGAUGGAACAGGACUUCCCCGGCAUGCGCAUCGGACCCGAGCCCACCACGGACUCCUUCAUCGCGGUAAUGCACGCGGAGCAAGAGGGGCUGGUUCCGGGUAACGCGCUCGUUGUGGACCCCAAAAAACCCUUCAGGAAACUUAACGCCUUCGGGAACGCCUUCCUCAACAGGUUCAUCUGCGCUCAGAUGCCGAACGCAGUUCUGGAGAGUAUCAGCAUCAUUGACACCCCGGGAAUUCUGUCUGGAGAAAAGCAGAGAAUCAGCCGAGGUUAUGACUUUGCAGCUGUUCUGGAGUGGUUCGCGGAGCGAGUGGACCGUAUCAUUCUGCUCUUCGAUGCCCACAAACUGGACAUUUCCGACGAGUUUUCUGAAGUAAUCAAGGCUUUGAAGAACUACGAAGAUAAAAUGCGGGUGGUGCUAAACAAGUCUGAUCAGAUUGGCACACAGCAGCUGAUGCGGGUGUAUGGCGCCCUCAUGUGGUCUCUGGGGAAAAUCGUGAACACUCCUGAGGUGAUCCGGGUUUACAUCGGCUCCUUUUGGGCUCAGCCUCUGCUGGUGGCAGACAACAGGAAGCUGUUUGAGGCAGAGGAGCAGGACCUGUUCCGGGACAUCCAGAAUCUUCCUAGAAAUGCAGCACUCCGGAAACUCAACGAUCUGAUUAAGAGAGCCCGACUGGCCAAGGUCCAUGCUUACAUCAUCAGUGCCCUGAAGAAGGAGAUGCCCAACAUGUUUGGAAAGGAAAGCAAAAAGAAAGAACUGAUUGCUAAUCUUGGGGAAAUCUACGCCAUGGUCGAAAAGGAAUAUCAGAUUUCUCCAGGAGAUUUCCCUAAACUCUCUAAAAUGCAGGAGAUUCUAGCCAUUCAGGACUUUAGUAAGUUCCAGACGAUAAAACCUAAGCUGAUGGAGGCAGUGGAGGACAUGCUGACCAAUGAUAUUGCUCGGCUGAUGGUGCUAGUGCGGCAAGAGGAGGCGGCUACACCCAGUCAGACGGUGCAGGGUGGAGCCUUUGAAGGCACCAAGAAUGGGCCUUUUGGACAUGGUUAUGGUGAGGGUGCAGGUGCAGGCAUUGACGAGCUGGAAUGGAUUGUGGCGCGAGAUAAACCCAGCUAUGACGAAAUAUUCUUCAUGCUCUCACCCAUCAAUGGGAAGGUGUCUGGUGCCAUGGCUAAAAAAGAAAUGAUCAAAUCCAAACUGCCCAACACCAUUCUGGGAAAAAUCUGGAAAUUGGCAGAUGUGGACGGAGAUGGAUACCUUGACAUUGAAGAGUUUGCCCUGGCUAAUCACCUGAUCAAAGUGAAGUUGGAGGGACACGACUUACCUGCCGAUCUGCCACACCACCUCGUACCCCCCUCCAAGCGCACUCAAUGAAAAUCAUGAAUAAAAUGUUGCUCUUCAUGUUUUAACCAAACAAUUUUGUUAUAAAAUGUGCUUAGUAAUAAAAAAACUGUUUAUUUUUUAAGCAGCUAAAUCUGGACCAGUGAUGUAAAACUAAUCUUACAUUUUUUGCUAAUAAUUCACAUUAUUAUUGAUUCUGUUAUUUGUGUUUUCAGUUCCAAAAUUCUGGGUCCAAAUGUUUUUUCACCUAAUCUAUAAUAAUAAUAAUAAUAAUAAUAAUAAUAAUAAUAAUAAUAAUAAUAAUUAGGGCUUCGGACCCUUUAAACCUGUCACAAUAGCUGUCUUUGUUGGAUGAUAUAUUUUCACAGACUUUUUUUUACAAUUUUCUAGUCAUCUUAAAAUAUUAAAGCAAAAUAAUGCUAUUACCUCUUUUUAAAGAGCAAUGAAGUUUUGAUAUUGGAAUUGGAAUAUAAUUGGAUUUGGAAUAUAAAAUGUUUCAAUAUUUGAUAAAUAAAAUAAAAACAUUUUUUAAAUAAAGUUGACAUGUUAAUGAGAUCUUCUGAGAAAGUCACGUCUUCAAAGGGAUCAUCAUAGAUUUAUUUAUUUUUACCAUAUAAAGAGAGCAGUGGCCUUUUGUGGAGUGCUGUUUUCUGGAGUGAUAGACUCAAAACCUAACCCUAAUAAGAACAAUAAAAGUUUUUACAAAUUCCUUUA